UGUGUGCACACCGUCCAGUUUUGCGGUGCUAGAUCUGUCUGUCUGGAAAACUUAACCUUAACCAGGAACUGGGAGACAGAAAUGGAGAUUAAAAGAACAACGUUAGCAGGCUAUCUUGUUACUUUUUUUCUAGUUCGUACGUACAGUUGCUGAAUGCUCAGAGAAACUGGCUAUUAUUAGCCAUUGUUAUCGGUCGCAAGCGAACGAUCCAGAGCUAAAAGGAAUAAAGAGCCAGCUAACGACCGCGACUCUGUUUCGGUUAUUGUAAAGCGAUGAAACGAGAGCAUUGAACGAGACAAGUUUCUGUUUGUUAACACUGGCUAGUUCCGUAGCUAUGCUAGUUAGCUGUUAAAGAACAGAAACCGAAAUAAGAAAGUAUUCUCUGAGCUGCACGAUUUUCGCCCGCAUUCUUUGUCCGUUCUUUUGUAUGCAGCUAAGAGAUCGGUCCCGACUUGAUAUCGUCCUUGUGCUUUUGUGGAGCUGUCCCAAGGCUCGUGUUUCAGAACAUGUCUGAAGAAAACACCCAGUUCUGCACCAACUGCAAGCGAGAUAUCCCGGAGGCCAACUUCACCACCCAUGAGAUCCACUGCCGUCGCAACAUUGCGCUGUGCGACGCGUGCCAGGAGCCGGUGCCUCGCGCAGACCUGCAGCAGCACAAGGAGCAGGAGCACGCGCAGGUGCAAUGCAAAUGUGGGAUGAAGAUUGAGAAGAAUGUCUUGGAGACCCAUCAGAGCUUCGAGUGCAGCCAGCGCCUGGUCCCGUGCCAGUACUGCGAGCUGGAGCUGGUCUUCAGCCAGUCCCGGGCGCACGAGGACUACUGCGGGACGAGGACGGAGCCCUGCCCCGUCUGCAGGUGCAACGUCAUGCUGAGGGAGCAGGCCGUGCACCCGGCCUUCUGCGGGACCCCGCCCCCGACCCAGGAGAGGAACAACGCCCGCCCCGGCCGGGGCCCCGCGGAGCGGCUGGCCCCCGAGGCCUGGUUCGAGGCCCACUCCAUCCAGAACCUGCUGAAGGUCCGGCAGGGGCUGCAGAACUACUCCAGGCCACUAGAGGGCAGGGUGCACAACAGCACCCGGGCCGCGGGGCAGGAGGCCCGGAGGAACACGGCGCCCCGGAACACCGACCUCAACCGCUUCAUGGAGCGAGAGACCGAGCUGCUGGGCGACAACAACAACAGCGUGGCCUGGCCCGGCGGCGUCUCCCCCGGCGACGACCCCGCCGACCUGGACUACCUGCUGGCCCUCAGCCUGCAGAACGACGGGGAUGCGGGCGAUCGCCACGGCGACCUGGGAGGAGGAGGAGGCGGCUUCUGGAAUUACGACGGCUGGGCGGGCGUCCCCGGGAUCGCCCACAAUGCACUGUCGCUCGUCUCUCGCCUCGCCCGCCCGAACAACAAUUACCGCGACCCCGCGGCCCCCGACCGCGACCCGCAACUGGGGUGCCGUCAGUCAGAUACCAUGCUGCCCUGUGAGUUCUGUGAGGAGCUGUUUCCUGAGGAGGACCUGAUUCUCCACCAGACCAGCUGCAGCCCCGCCACCGCCUUCGCGUCCUUCAGCAAGCGCGCCCCCUCUCCGCCGUUUGAGGACGCGGUCCCCCACGCCGUGGGGGGGUUCAUGUACACCCCCCCCGGCAGCCCGAGCCCGCCCGCCCUCCCUCGCUCCGUGUCCCCUCCGUCCUGCAGUCCCCCCUCCGGGCCAGCAGAUGGCACCGUGCUCAUUCCCUGUGAGUUCUGCGGAGUCACCCUGGAAGAGGAUGUCGUGUUUCACCAUCAGGAUAAGUGUGACCUUCGACCCCACACCGCUUACCCGGUGGAUAAACUGUUGCCUCAGAAGCCCCUGUUUCCCGCCAAAACGUCCAGCGAGAGACAGUCCCCGCCUCUGCAGAGGAGACUGAGGCACCAAGCGGACCCGGGCGAAGCGGACCUGGAGCAGGCCGGGGAGAGCCCGGCGAUCGGAGGCCCGAUCGGGAGGCCCAGGGGGGGGCCGGCUACGGAGACCUGGAGGCCGCCUCCCGGGGACGGCCUCUCCUCACCCGUGAAGAACACGAACGUGGACCUCCAGGCCAGGGGGGGGGCCCCUUCGCUGGAGGGACGGCGCCGCACCCCGUGUCCCGCACCAGGACGAGGGCCACAAGCCCAGCUCUACGCUGACCGCGGGAGGAAGAGCGGAAGGUCGUAGGAACCAGAGGAAUCCUGUGACAUCAAAGACCCAGGCAACCAAAGUGCAAAAUGCAGAAACGGAAGAAGAAGAAGAAGAAGAAUGAAGGAGGAGGUUUGUUUCGCUGGAACAGAACGGUGACGACUGGCUGCCCUCCCCAACCUGAGCCACACACACACACACACACACACAUGCUCACCUUUGACCUGCCUGUGCGCGUGUAUGAGCGCACACGUGUGUGUGUGUGUGUGUGUGUGUGUGCACGCGUGUGUGUGUUGGUGUGUUGUUGAGUCUUGCCUGGUUUCAGGGCAAACUUCUGCAGGGGCCUGUUACUUUUUAUAUUCUUUUAUUUUCUAACUGUAAUUCCUAACUUUAAAAAUUGAAAUUAUCCGUUUUUGUAUUACUUUUUUUGUGUUUCAGACUAUAUAUACAUCACAGUGUAGCGGUAAAGAGAUUUAAUAUACUAUUAAACAUGUAUAAAAUGCUAUGUGUGAUUUUACAAAGUUGAUAUUAAUUGUAUUCUUGUUUACUGGCAACAGCUGAUCAUUAAAACAGUUUGGAAUACAA